GAAAGGGGCGAGUCAGGCGAGUGGUGUUGGCGGUGUCGUAGCGUUGGGCGGUCGUGAACCUCGCGUUGUCGAGGGGCCGUCGCAAGCUCAGCUGUUCCCGAAGGUGGCGGCGGCGGUGAUGACGCUCACGUGAGACGACGUUGGCACCGGAACAAGAAAGGCCGGGCGCAAUGCGCGAAGCCGGCUGCGUCGGUUGCCCGCCGCUCAACGUCGUCGGCACCGUGGCCCGCGCAUUCGGCGCGCUCUUCUUCGCCUGCGCGUUUCAGCAGCAGCUCAUGGCUUCGCUCUACAUCGCCGCGCUAGUGGUAGCCCUCGCGUGCUACGCCAUCCACCGAGCGGCCCUGCCUCGCGUCGAAGACGCCCUCGCCGCCGAGGUGAUCCUCGGAGUGGACGGCGAACGCGGCGAUGGUGACAACGCGGCGCCGUUGCCGCCGGCGUUCGCGCACAGGGGCGGAGGUCACGACGCGCCCGAGAACACCCUCGCUGCCAUCCGGGAGGCCAAGCGUAACAACGCGUCGGGCAUCGAGUUCGACCUCUCUUUCACGCACGACAGCGUUGCGGUCCUCUUUCACGACGAGACACUCGAACGCACAACAAACGGCGAAGGACCUCUAGCUUCGAUAACCUUCGAAGACCUGCGGAAACUAGACGCUGCCUCCAAACACCCGUUCGCGGAGCGCUUCGCCGACGAGCGCGUGCCGACGCUGGAAGAAGGCGUCGAGGAGUGUCUUCGCCUGGGCCUGCGCCUCAUCCUGGACGUCAAGGAGUACGACCACCGAGCCGUCGCCCUGGUCGAUGAACUCUUCCGCAAGAGACCCGAGCUCUACCGUCGCGCCCUCGUCGCCUCCUUUUACCCGCAGUUCAUCUACGCGCUCCGGCGCCAGAAUCCGGGCAUCGUGACGGCGCUCACCUGGCGUCCGGGUUUCGUCGCGUACGAGGACAUCGAGAACCUUAGGCCGCGCUUCAAGUCUUCCUACACGAAGCACCUGCUGGCCAGGGUCGGCGACUGGGUGCUCGACCGGGCGCUCCACGGCGGACUUCUUCCGUACCUGACCGGAGCCUCGGCCGUGCUGAUCUGCAAGAACGUGCUGAGCGCGGAGUACGUGAGGUCGUGGAGAGACCAGGGCCUCCAUGUCCUGGCGUGGACCCCGAACCACCCGGCCGAAAAGGAGUUCCUGCGAAAGGUUCUAAGGGUGCCCAUCAUUACCGACACCCUGCGGCACGCGUAAAGACAACGUUUGACGCCUUUUUAACACCAUUUUUCCGGCGCACAUAUUUAUCCUUUUCUAUCGUAGCCUCCACAAAUUACACGAACAAGGGAGUUUAAUACGAUUUUCACAAUGGUGCUUUUUUAAUCAGGUCCGAACGUCAGAAAAUUGCGGUCAAAACUUCGGUCUCAACAGAAGGCUCAGUUGCAAUCGAAAUUGUAGUGUGACGUGUUGCUGCGCUCAUAUGAUGAACGAGGGAGUCUAAUACAAUUGUCGCAGCGAUGCAAUUCGUGUGGCAAAAAAAUUUGAUUGACAGGGGAUGCAGUUGCAAUCAAAAUUGCAUUGUGUGGCACCUGCUUAAGAUUUGACAUUUUUGGGUGACCCAAAAGACAUGUUGUUGGGAAAGCAUCACACAGGGUCACACCCUGUUGAUGGUCUUCUGUAAAUCGGUUUGGGUUAGUUUGUACACCCGGUGGUUUGAAUCUGCUAGUCAAGCGACUAAAGAAAUCUAAAACUUCCCGAUAACACUGUGGUGAUCUUGCACGUUAGUAGCAGAACCCCACGCAUGUGCUUUAUGCGCCACUUUAGUUAACAUAUAAUGUUAAGUAGGGCGACCUUUCUUGACUCUCGUUUGUAGUACACUGCACGAUAUAGCUUUUUGCACUCAUCUUAUAAAGGGUGGUAGGCAGUUGAAUGACAGCUGUAAUAUGUAAUUUUGUAGCAAAUCCGCAGUUGAAGCUUCGUACGCACGUUUGAACUAAUGCAUGACUCCUAGUAAUGCAAGUUAGAGAGCGUGGGUGUGGGCGUAUUUAUCUUUGAGGAAGAAAGCGAAUGUAAUGGAGGGAACAACAGGCUUACAAAUCUACUUUUUCGUGUUAUCAACGUCUAGAUUUACGCUGUACAACAUUUCGCCUGCGCUUGUAAAACUGAAGGCUUGAGUGAAUCUCAAGUUUCUCAUCAAUAAGCAUGCACGCUGGCAGUGGAGAGAUCACCUUUGCUUACGGACGUGAUAAACAGGCUUUAGCAACUUACGAAGCUGAUAGUGGUGUUGUGAAAACAUGUCUGCAGUUAAUUGUAUUUCAUGCUGUCUCACGCACAAAGUGAUCACCAUCAUCAAUGUUCACAUAAACAUCAUUGAAUGGACCGCAAAGCUUAUGUGUGACUGGCAUAUUGAUGGCCUCAUUUACUGUGGACUAUCCGUCAUUCGCAUUGCUUGUAUGACUAACUUGUUAAGAAUGGCAUCUUGAUUACACUUUGCAUGUUUAUGCAUGAACUGUAGUUGCUCCGUAGCUGCAAUUGAUCAUAACUUCUUGCGGAAUGUGGCUGCUUUUCAUGCAGCUUGCAUUUCCAACGUUGCGGCCAACUCAGUAUGGCUCCAUUUACUGUAGAAUAUCUGUCAUUCACAUCUCUUGUCUGAAUACCUUGUUGAGAAUGGCAUGUUCAUGCCUAGACUAACUGUAGUUUUUAAAUAGAAAAGCUCCGUAGCUUAAACUGUGUGUAACUUUUCGCGGAAUGUGGCAGCUUUUCAUGCAGCUUGCGUUGCCGACAUUGCGGCCAACUUAGUCCUGGCUUGCAUAUUCAUGCACCGGUGAUCUCUGCAGAACAUUCUGCACUUUCAUGGACACGUCGGGGUUUCAUCAGUCUGUACCAAAGUGCUUGAUAGGAGGGGGUACCUAGAAGCAGCUGAAGUACCUUCCUUGACAUGCUGUUUAACAUGCUCUUAUUCAUUCCCAGGUCCUUUAUGGCAUCAGUACGUGCACUUUUAUAUAGUUUAGAUUCUCAAUAUGGCAUUUGAUAUGAGAGAACAUGCACAGCAUCUUUUUUUGCAAAGAGUGCAAGCACAAGAAAGACUGAGCAGGGUGGACAUGUGAGCUAGUUGAUGACCUGGUACACAAAAACUACGAAUGCAGAACGUUAAAUGGAAAGCGGUGCUAAUCAGAAGCUGGUGGUUUAUUGUACUGACCACACCCCGUAUGGUUGACAGUGAGCAUGAAACACCGUGUGUGCUAGUUUAUGAACUUAACGGCGUAAAGAAGUGAUGGAAAUGCAAAGCGUUUCCAAACUGGACGCAGCACACCAACAGUUCAUUUUGCUGAACAUCAUACUUAAUGUCAGUUUGCACCAUGUGUUCCAUCUUUUAGGCAGUGCACCAUUCUUGUCAUGUUCAUUGACUACAAAAGGUGUGUUCGCAUCGGUGUGAGUGCAGGGGUAAAAGUACAGAUGGGUCAACUGUUAAAUGGAACACUUGCGUGCAGGACAUGUUUGGAUUUCGCUGCCUUUCAAACUCUCUUUCGUGGCUUAGAUUUGCAUAAAACUGCUGGUGGUUUACAGUUCUGCCUCUUUUUGACAGACUUGUGCAGUCCAUGAACAAUGUUUCCCGGUCCAUUUGCUGUCAGAGGGCCAGCAAAAUGAAAGGUGCUCAAUGGAGUGUUCCCUUUAACAGUGGACCGUACUGUACGUAGUUUCACGUGAAACUAGCAAAAUGAUCUUGCAACACUGUCAUCUCAUUUGUUCAAGAGCCUUCGUGUUGCUUUUAUUACUCUGACCAUAAUUAGAUGAGUGGAAAGUGAUCCGUUUCCUAAUGAUUUGUGGCAAUCACAAAAAAGAACGGGUUAAUUUCAGACUGCAUUGUUACUUAGCAAGCAUCACAUAUGCAGGAUUGUUGAAGCACACAAACGGCUUGAACUUCAACCUGUCCUCAGUAUAAGCACUUGCUAAUCCAGAGGUGGGCCAUGUUUCCCCUAUCAGAGGAUGUUGUGCAUCAUGACAGUAUUUAGCAUGCAGCAGGAGCCAAUAGGUAAUCAUGCAAAAUGAAUACACUGAAACUGAAGUAACGUUUACAAUAUACUGGCCUUGUCUUAUUUUAAGCUUUGGUGCUAAGUGCAAACUGUCCACUCGCAUCACCAGAAAUGAUGGACGUCCUUGUGACCUGUUUUUAAUGCAAUACCUGCGUGUGAUUACUUUUUCACAGAACAUAUCUGAAGAGUCUUAAAGGGACAUUAGAGUGAAACUUUCGUUUUUAAUAAUGAACUACCCUUGAAUGCCUCAGAAGACACAUUUGCCACAAGAUGCUGUUUUUGAUGAGCCAGAAAGGCGCUGAGUGCCAGUUUGAAAUUGCUUGCGAGUGUCAACAGUGCCACUUAAGGGAUCAAAAUUGUGAUUUCUGCAAUGAAACUGAUGCAGAAUUCUGAGGCAGCGCUAUUAAGUGGCAGGUUCCUCAAAUGCAAAUGAACACAUUUCCUGUGGUACCCCCUCCUCAGUCUUCCACAUGGAACAUUCAGUGUGCAUAUCACUUCUCUGGCUCUUUCAUCAUCAGCACUUGCUCUGUGCAGCUUAAGCUGCCGUGAAGCAGUCGUCAUUUCAUGUUUUUUUACCCGUUCUAAAUGUAACGGUGUUACAAGUUUUUGUCUUAAUGGCUGUCAGUGUCAAAUCGUGCAGCUUUAUGCAAAAGUGACCUUUUGUUUCUUUUGCUGUGAUGUGGCCUUGUUUUAUCACUGUGACGCUUAUUUUGUGCAUGUGUUGGCGCAAUCUACCGAUAUUUGUGUUCCUGUUUAUGUGGCACAGAUAAAUCACGUGGAGAAUUGAGUAAAUAAAUGACCAAAGCAUGUUGUCAGUCGGUACGUGA